GCUGUCCUGUGUUAAACCCUAAACCCAGCCCACCGUCCAUCCUCCGCCGCCGCCAUGCGGCGCCACCACCACCUCCUCGGCCUCCUCCGCCGCGCCACGGCCUCGCCGACGCCCGCCUCCCGCCGCGCGGGCCCACCACUCCCCGGCCUCCUCCAGGACCCGCUGCGGAAUGGCGCCGCCGCCGCUGGCCCCCGCUUCUUCUCCUCGCGCGCCGGCCCCGGCGCCGGAGCUGCCGCGAAGAGCCUGAUCGAGGACGAGGCCGAGCUCAGCGACUGGAUCAGCGACCUCAAGACCGACUCGUUCCACCUCGGCCUCAGCAGCGGCGACGAAGGCGAGGCCUCCACGCGCGGGCCGGCUGCCUCGAGGGGAGGCCGGAGGGGGCGGGACUCGAGGGGCCCGCCGCCGAGGUCGAGAUUCGGUGGCGGUGAUUUCGGCGGCGAUAGGCGUGGGUUUGAGAGGAGGGGGAGGAUGGUGAGUAAUAAUGAGCUGGGUGACGACGAUGAUGAUGAGGAUGAGGUCGGGUUUGGUUCCGCGAGGGGAAGGCGGGAUCGGGGAGGGAGACAGUCAGAAUUUUCACAUAGAGGAAGGAGGGGAAAUGAUCGGGGAGGGAGACAGUCAGAAUUUUCGUAUGGAGGGAGGAGGGCAAACGAUUUUGAUGAUGAUGGUGGUGGGUUUCGGUCUACAAGGGGGCAGCGCGGCCGAGGUGGGAGGUUGGCAAAUGUGUCGCGGAGGGGAUAUGAUUUUGAUGAUGAGCCUGGGUUUCAAUCUCCAAAGGGACAGCGCGGCCAGGGCGGGAGGUACAGUGAUUUGGAUGAUGAUGAAGGUGGGUUUGGGUCUCUGAGGGGAAGACGCGGUCGCGGUGGAAGGAUGUCUGGUGUAUCGCGGAGAGGUGGGAGGGGAAGUGAUUUAGAUGACAGUGAGGAUGAUGAAUACUCAAGAGGUUCGUCUCCAAGGGGAAGACGUGGUCGUGGUGGAAGGAUGUCUGGUGUGUCACGGAAAGGUGGGAGGGGAAGUGAUUUAGAUGACAGUGAGGAUGAUGAAAACGAUUCUAUUGACUCUAGAGGCAGAAGGCGCGACCAUGGCACGAGAGGCAGGAAUGUGGGAAGUUUGGGACCACAGAGAGGUGGGAGAGGGGGCGAUGCAGAUUUUAGCGAUAGGCGGUCGAGGGGUGGUAAAAUGUUUGAUUUUGGCUUGUCAGAAGAUGACAGUGAGCUGGGGGAAGUUGAUGAGGAUGAUGGUCCAUCAGGCUUCGAGGAUGAUCUCUUUGAUGACGAGGGUGGUGAGAAGAAUCUGGUGGAGAGUCCAGCUAAAAAUUCAGCUCCUUUUGAGUCAAUUAAAGGAGAGCCAAUUGAUCAGGAGGGUGUUGUGCACACCAGAGAGAGUGGAGGUGGCGAUUCGUAUUUGAGCCAGACGAGGUUUGAUGAAUGCUCCCUGUCUCCCUUGACACUAAAAGGUGUUAAAGCUGCUGGGUAUGAACGGAUGACUGCAGUGCAGGAGGCCACUCUUCCUAUUAUACUUAAAGGUAAGGAUGUUCUUGCAAAAGCAAAAACUGGGACUGGAAAAACUGUAGCAUUCUUGCUUCCUGCCAUUGAAGUUGUCUCCAAAUUGCCCCCUAUUGAUUGUGAUAAAAAAAGGCCUCCCAUCAGUGUUGUUGUUGUGUGCCCUACACGUGAGCUGGCUGAUCAGGCUGCUGCAGAAGCUAACAAGCUCCUGAAAUUUCAUCCAUCAAUUGGAGUGCAACUUGUAAUAGGUGGCACUAGAAUGGCUCUAGAGCAGAAGCGAAUGCAUACUAACCCUUGCCAGAUUCUAGUAGCUACACCAGGAAGGCUUAAGGAUCAUAUGGAGAACACUCCAGGGUUUGCUACUAGAUUGAUGGGUGUCAAAGUCCUUAUUCUUGAUGAAGCGGAUCGCUUAUUAGAUAUGGGAUUCCGGACUGAUAUCGAGAGAAUAGUGGCUGCACUCCCAAAGCAGCGUCAAACACUUCUAUUUUCUGCAACUGUUCCUGAUGAGGUACGCCAAGUAUGCCACAUUGCCAUGAAAAGAGAUCUUGAAUUUGUGAACACCGUUGAAGAAGGAAGUGAGGAAACACACUCACAGGUGAAGCAAAUGCAUGUAGUUGCACCACUAGACAAACAGUUUUCUAUCCUGUAUGGUCUUCUAACUGAUCAUAUUUCAGAAAAUGUUGACUACAAGGUGAUCGUGUUUUGUACAACUGCAAAGGUAACAAGUCUUGUUGCUGAACUUCUGUCUGAAUUGAAGUUGAAUGUACGCGAGAUUCACUCCAGAAAGCCACAAAGUUACAGAACCAGAAUAUCCAAAGAAUUUAAGGAAUCAAAAGGUCUUAUUCUUGUUAGCUCCGAUGUAUCUGCUAGGGGCGUUGAUUAUCCCAAUGUCACACUAGUCGUCCAGAUGGGAGUGCCUACUGACAGAGAACAAUAUAUUCAUCGACUUGGUAGAACUGGCCGCAGAGGAAACGAGGGGAGUGGAAUCUUAUUAUUGGCACCGUGGGAAGAAUACUUCUUGAGAAGUAUCAAAGAUCUGCCUAUUACAGAGGCAACAUUACCUUUAAUUGAUCUGGACACUAAAAGAAAGGUUGAAAAGGCUCUUGCACAUGUGGAGGUUAAGGAUAAGGAACUUGCCUACCAAGCAUGGCUCGGUUACUAUAAUUCUAACAAGUUCAUUGGGCGUGACAAAUACCAGCUUGUAUCACUUGCCAAUGAAUUCAGCAGAAGUCUGGGCUUGAAUAACCCUCCUGCGGUGCCUAAGCUUGUCCUUAGAAAGAUGGGACUGAACAAUAUCCCAGGUCUGCGAUCAAAAUAGUCUUCCUCGAACCAAAGUUUUCUUGAAUACACAUACCACAAUAUUAUCGUGCUUCACAGUGGUAUGAGUUUUGGAGCAGUCUAGCUGGUAAACUAAUAAACAGCUAUGAUUAAAGGUCAUAAUGGGCUACUGGGAGCACAACUAAAGCUUCAGUCUCAAUUUUUUUCUCCUGCAACAUGGAAAAUAUGCCUUAUGAAGGUGAAUCUGUACACAAGCGAUAUGUAGUUUUGCAUGCCCAGUACUGUGAUGUUUAAAGCCUGACCAUGCAUGAUCAGGCUGAUGUAAACAUCUGAGUUGGUGGCACACGGAAUUUUACUUUCUUUCCAUUUUUGUGUGCCCGUGUAUCUAUUGGAUAGAAGCACAAUACCCCUGUGCAUGCGCUAUCGUAUUUAUUGGACAAUACCAUUGUGCAUCCGCUAUCUGGAAGAUUGUGCAAGAGCUCUGUUCUCCAUUUGGCCUAUAAAUAUGGUAUUUGUGUAAUGUUGAUCACCAAAUUGAACAUAUAAUCUCUGUUAGUCUACCUUUUUUGACAGGAUAGGGCUACGUAGCCUGUGAACAAAUAUUUGUUAGUUUUGUAGCAUGCAUUGGCUACGUGUCGUUUUUGUC